AUGUCGAUUGUAAGUCUCUUGGGUGUUAAUGUUCUUAAUAAUCCAGCUAAAUUCACAGAUCCUUAUGAGUUUGAGAUUACGUUUGAAUGUUUGGAGCCUUUGAAACAUGAUUUGGAAUGGAAGUUGACUUAUGUUGGCUCAUCGAGGUCAUUGGAGCACGAUCAGGAGUUGGAUUCAAUCUUGGUUGGGCCGAUACCAGUUGGGGUGAACAAGUUUUUGUUUACUGCCGACCCGCCUUCGCCAGAGUUAAUUCCGGCCAGUGAGUUGGUCAGUGUGACCGUGAUAUUGCUAUCAUGUUCAUAUGACGGGAGGGAGUUUGUUAGAGUAGGGUACUAUGUGAAUAAUGAGUAUGAUACGGAAGAGCUGAGAAACGAUCCUCCGCAAAAGGUCCAAGUGGAUCAUGUGGUGAGAAAUAUUUUAGCGGAAAAGCCUAGGGUAACACGUUUUAACAUUGUGUGGGAUAAUGAGGUUGAAGAUGAGUAUCCUCCCGAGCAGCCUGCUGUCGAUGAUGAGGAUCUUGAAGAAGAGGAGGAGGAGGAGGAGGAGGAGGAAGAAGAAGGGGAAAAUGAAGAAUCUGCUCCAGCAAUUAAAAAGAGGAAAUUGCAAGAAGAAGAAGCGGAAGAGGACGAUGAGGCAGAAGAUACUGACUUGGAAGCAGAAGAUGAGGAUGAGGAUGAUGAAGCUGAAGAGGCGGACGAAGAUGAGGAUGGGGAUGAAGCCGAAGAGGUAAACGAUGAGGACGAUGAAGACGAGGACCUAGAUGAUGACGUUGGUACUACACGUGAGCAAACAACAGAAACAGUCCCCACGCCCCAAGAUACCACUGAGAGUAAGUAA